UUAAUGCAUCAGACAGUGAGGCCUCCCUCUCUCUCUCUCUCUCACAAAAGCCUCUCACUCGAGCAGCUGUCAUUCCCACAUAUACAAACCCCACCACCACCUCCUCCCUCCCUCUCUCCUCAGCUCGGCCAGCAAAUCACCGCUUGCACCUGUCGGAUCUCUCUCUCUCUCUCUCUCUCUCUCCCUCUCUGCAACACCAGGUGCUCUUUGUUCUUUUAAUUGACCUACUUUGUGUUUGGUUUCAAGAACAGCAACGAUCACAGGCAGACCCCUAAUAUCAGCACAAACGAUUCCCUUAAUGAGCUAAAAUCAUGGAGGGGACGGCGGUCGAGCUCAACUCGUGCGCGGGUGACGAGGCGGCGUCGCGGGGCCAAAUGAGGUGGAAGAGAAGAUAUCGCCACUGAAACAAAGCAAAGAAAAGAGCAGAGAGAGAAAGAAACGCACGCGCGCACGUCCUCCUUGAAGCUGAAGCUCCCUCUUUUUGAUGACAUUCGCACUUCAAUGGCCUACCCACCGCACUACCGAUCCCAGUUCGGCGACACCACGUUGACCAAGGUCUUCGUCGGAGGCCUGGCCUGGGAGACCCCCACCGACGACAUGCGCCUCUACUUCGAGCAGUUCGGGGACAUCCUUGAGGCCGUCAUCAUCACGGACAAGAACACCGGCAAGUCCAAAGGCUACGGAUUUGUGACAUUUCGCGACCCGGAAUCAGCGAGAAGAGCUUGCGUUGAUCCCAACCCGGUCAUCGAUGGAAGAAGAGCCAACUGCAACAUCGCUUCCAUGGGCAGACCACGACCUUCGCCGCCCCGAGGGAGAGCACAAGGUGGCAAUUACCCCUACCAAGGAGGAGCACCGCCGGCAGCCAGCGGCACCGCGCCCUACAGCGGACGAGCGCCGCCGCCCCCGCCGCCGCCGCCGCCGUUCGUCUAUCCGCCUUACGGGUACUCGACUUACCCUCCUGAAUAUGGAUACCAUCAAGCACUGUACAAUCCGAUCCUCCAGCAGCAGCAACAGCAACAGUACUAUCAGCAGAUGUACGGGGCGUCGCCGGCCUCGACAUCCGCUGCGGGAGGCGUCUCCCCGUACUACUAUGGCUACUCGGUGCAGGCUGGGAGGGGAGGUUACUCCACGCCCCGGGCGCACCGUAUCCCCGGACCCUCUUACCUCUACUAUCCUGCGCAGGGCGAGGGCUCCCUCUCCCAGUUCCACCCUCCUCCCCCUCCCACUAUCCAACCUCUCAGGCUUCCCUUCGCUUCUCCCGCAGCAGAUGCGCACAACGCGCCAGCUUCAGCUGCCACGGAAACGUCGUCGUCGUCGUCGCCAGGGAUCGCUUCUUCUCAAGCUCCGACAACCUGAAGAAACGAACAAACGCCAUUCGAGCGUCUAACGGGGAGUUUGCUUUACGAUGAUGAUCCGUGUUCCUCCGAUCCACCAACAUCCCUCCUGUCCCCGAGAAAACAUCGAUGAUCAUCGCCACAUGACCGACCUCGGAGGAGGAGGAGGAGAGAAGACUAAUCAUAAUCAACACCUGAUUUAUUAAUUUUCAUUUCUUUUUUUAAUCUCUCUCUUUGACAAAAAUGAUUCAUUCAUUUUUCUCCGCGCUCGCAUCCCGCACGGAUUCGUUCAUCUAUGGUUGGAGCUUAUUAAUAUCUUUUU